AUGGCAAUGACAAUCACUGUUUACUUUUUGACUGUUUUGACAGGCAAUGUCGAAGGGUCGAUCCCCCUGAACCCUUACACUAACCAAACACAGCCCCCUGCGGGCCCCGGGGGUUUCAUGGACACACCCUCGGUCCCGGGCUUUGGGGAAGGCAAUGGAAUAGCACAUGGCCAGAACUAUGACUAUGCUGCAAACUCCCAGCCCGGCUUCCCUGCCUACCCGCCACCAAACAAACCAGAGGGAUUUGAAGACAUGGGAAAAUCUGCACUGCCCGAGGGUGAGGUUUCUGGCCCUGCCCCCUUCCAGCCCUACAGCUACCCUCCCCCACCCCCUGGGGCAAGCUAUCAACCCCCAACCAUGGGCAUUGGCUAUGACCAGCAAGGUGUCAACCCUCAGUACCCCAAUGCUCCGCCCCCACCGUAUUCCGGGUAAACCACGUCACGGACUCUGAGUCACUCGCAGGCUGUUCUCGUUUUAUGCUGGUUGCAAGAGCCAUUUUCACUUUUCUUCUGAGUGGGAAAGAGACAAAGUCUUUAUAAAUGUUUCAACCCUAAGUUAUUGAUGAGAAGCAAAAAGUAUAAAACCUGAACAGCCUGCUGGUUGCAUAUAGCCUUUUUUAAACUCUUUCAGUGCUGGAACCGAAUUUUGAAGGCCUUUGCAAACAGUUUGGAUCCAGAUGAGACGCCACAGAACGUGGCCUCUCAUCAGGAUCCAAACUGUUUGCUAUUCUGAUAGUAUUCUUUGAAAAAAAUUCGAAGAAAAUGCUAAUUUAUGAAAUUCAGCAGACGACAUUUUAGCAGACGACAAAUUUCCCAGCAUGCAAAGGGUUAAUAAUUUGCAAUAUUAUUAUAAUGUAGAAGCUAUUGAUGAUUAAAUGUUUAAAUUUUGUUAUGAUAUGCAUACAUUGUUUGCAAAUUAUGUACGGUGUCAAGUGUGAUGCCCUCGACCCUCACACACCUAUUUACGAGGAUAAUGAAAUAUAUCAAACAGAAAAAAAGUAAUAAGACAAAUUUCCCAGCAUGCAAAGGGUUAAUGCACUUUUGAGUGGAAAGGGUUGACGCAAUCAGAUUAUUUGGCAAUAUCAUAUGUACAAUGUCAAUCAAUCAGUGUCAUUGCUGUGUCAUAAUUACCUCCAAUCAGUAUUUUGACUUUUUUUUUAUCAAAACAGUUUCUGGUAUUGGAAACUAGAUUCAUAGCCUGUUAUCUUUUGUCAUUUAUUACUUUUUUUACUUGCAAUAAAACCUGAAUUUAAAGGGAGAACAUGUGCUUUUGUUGUCAUGUUUUUUUGUGUGUUAGGGUUGAGAGCUUUUUUCUUGCGAAACAAUCUUUAUACAAAUGUAUUUCAUGAAUUUUUGUUUUUCAUUUGUUCAAAUAAAGCAUUCUAAAAUGUUAACAAUCAAGCAAAUUUUUGAAAAAUUAUAUUUUGUACACAUGUAUUAUCCAUAUGUUUGAAAAUCAUGCUUGAAAAUAAGCAUUGCCAACAGCAUGUUAAAUUGGUGUAUUUUGUGUAUGUAUUUGAACAAAAAUGUUUGCA